ACCUCAAUCUGGAUAAAGUUCUGCAUUUUUUCUGUGCCUAUUUGUGAACUCAUUUUAGGAGAUGAAGUAAAGUAAGAAAAUAUAAAAAGGACCAUCACAAUGAACCAGCUACUUCAAAUUACUUUAAUAGCAUCAUUGCUUGUAAUCUUGUGCCUUGGACAGAAAUCCCUGGUCACAUUUAAAGAAUUCGAAAAAGCAUUUACAUCUACUGGAUACACAAAGCCAACAAAAGAACAAUAUGAUGCAUUCGUUCAAGGACUGCCGAAGGGACUUAUAACAACUAAAGAAGAAGCCGCUAUGGCCCUAGCUCAUUUUCUUCACGAGAGUUUAGGACUUAGUAAAAAAAUAGAAAUUCAAUGCAAAGACACGGGCUGCCCAGGAGAAUAUCGGGUGCCUGGUUGUGAUUCUCCCGAUAAAGGCUAUUUCGGCAGAGGAUAUAUCCAACUCUCAUGGUGUUAUAAUUACAAAGACGCAUCACACGAUUUGUACGGCGAUGACAGACUGGUGAAUGAUCCGGAUAUGGUCGCACGAGAAGAAUCUGUAGCUUGGGACACGGCAUUUUGGUUCUGGAAGAGUCGAGUACAUUCAAAGCCGGAAGUUGCGCAAGGAGCUUUCGGUGUUACUACGAGAGCGAUAAACGGAGGACUAGAAUGUGAUAACCCGGGAGGACAUCAACUAGCUAAAAAGCGGUUUGAAAUGUAUAAUAAAAUUCGAGCUGCAUUUGGUCUUAAAGGCGCUGGAAAGGAGCAGGGAUGCUACAACUAAGUAGAAGUCCAAGGAGUACGAGUAAUAUUCUACUUUCUCUAAUUAUCUAUCAUUAAACAAAUUAAUAAAUUACAAAGCACGCA